GAAGAGCAGAAGCUGACGGUUGUUUAAACUUCUCAAUCCCAGAAACCUUCCUGGGCUAGUCCAAUCGGAAAGUAGAGGGGCAGUUGUCUUCUUGGUAUUUGAAAAGGGGCUAACCAAUGAGGCGGAGCGUGAGGGGGGGGGGGUAGUGUCGAGUGAUUGAUAACUCUCUCAACCAAUAGAGAUUACUAUCUCGCAUCAGGAAAACCAUCAUCAUAACUUUGUCUCUAGCUGGAUUUGUGCACGAUCGCGUCAUCAUUCACCAAUCUAUUUUGUUUAAUAAAAAAAAUUUUUUUUUAAGUGGAAGUCUCAAAAGCGAAGACUGGCACUCCUCAAAGGCUCACGACGUACAGCUCGCCGGCCGAUCCUGAACAAGUCCCAUCCCAAGGAGGCGUCACCCCUGGGCAAACAAGCCAAGCUUCAGCCCAUGGGCCGCACGCGCUGCGUGAUAGACGUCCUCCCAGACCAAUGGCUUCCUGCGCUGGAGGCGGGUCACAUACAGCGGGCCUAUGGGAGUCUACGUCUGCUCAGCCAAUAGGGUCAGGGCAGAGGGCGUGGCGGGAGGUUUGAAACUCGUACCUUCGGAGGUUGAUCCUCGAGCUGCUGUGCACGCAAAGGAAUCGGGGCCCGGCAUCACCUCCUCGCCCCGGGCCGGGCCCUGCCCCCCACCUUCCCCUCCUGGUUGACAUGGGUUCGGCCAAGAGCGUCCCAGUCACCCCGGCGCGGCCUCCGCCGUACAACAAGCAUCUGGCUCGAGUGGAGGACCCCCGUUCACCUAGUGCCGGCAUCCUGCGCACUCCCAUCCAGGUGGAGAGCUCUCCACAGCCAAGCCUACCAGCAGGGGAACAACUAGAGGGUCCUAAACAGGCCCAGGACUCAGAUCCCCGCUCUCCUACCCUUGGCAUUGCACAGACACCUAUGAAGACCAGCAGCGGAGAUCCUCCUAGCCCACUGGCGAGUAACCCACUGGCGAAACAGCUGAAUGAAGUAUUUGAGACUGCAGCCUCCAAAUCGAAUCUUACUCCUGAGCCUGUUCUGCCCCUGCGGGCACCUUCAUCUUCUGAAUUGGACUUGCCUCUGGGUACCCAGUUAUCCGUUGAGGACCAGACAACACCUGGGAACCAGAGUGAGCUCCCCUCCAAACAGGUGUUUUCUAAGGAAGAAAUAAGACAGCUCACAGAAACCCCUGUGGCCAGCCAGAGCUCAGACAAGCCCUUGAGAGACCCUGAGAGUCCCCGAUCUUCAGGUUCUAAGCGCAAUAGAUGGAAACCAAACGGCAAGGUACCAGGGAGAUCCCCCCUCACCAUCCUGCAGGAUGACAACUCACCCGGGGCCCUGACACCAAGACAGGGUAAGCGGCCUUCUCCUCUAAGUGAAAAUGUUAGGGAACUAAAGGAAGGAACUGGACGACUUCUGAAAACUGGAGGACGAGCAUGGGAGCAAAGCCAGGACCAGGACAAGGAAAAUCAGCACUUUCCUUUGGUAGAGAACUAGACCCUGCAUGGCCCUAGCACUGGACUCACCCAGGGCCUGGUGAUAUUCUGUGUCCUCUCACCCCUUCUUUCCCAGGAAGACUAGGAGAGAUUUAUUUUUCUUUCACUCCUCCUAAACUGCCAACUCUGGGACUGAGAGCUUUAUUGGACUUUCUUUGUGUCUUAUGUGUUUCUUGUAUAUUAAAGGAAGUGGUUUUAAAUGAUGCU